AUGCAUGCAUGGGAUCUGAACAUCUCCACCAUGUGGAGUCGAUGGAAGGCAUCGAUUCUACUGUUAACGGCCCUCUGUUGGAUCGCUGAGCGUACACCGACGGUGGCGGGCGUGGCAGGAGUGGCCGCCGGUUCUAGUCACAACUACAAGAUCAACCCGAAGCCCUGCUCGGUGAACGGCAUCGAGGGCACGUGCAUGUUCGUCUGGGAAUGCAUCAAAUCCGAGGGCCAGCACGUGGGCAUGUGCAUGGACCAGUUCAUGUUCGGUUCCUGCUGCUCGCACAACCUGACGGAAAAUGUGAUACCUCAAAACUACCACCAGGUGCUCACCUACCGUCCUAAACCCUCGCCGUCGUCUUCGUCCGGGGGCAAGUAUAAGCCACCGAGGCCAAGUACUUUCGUUAGUAGCAACGGCUACACCACCAUCUAUAGGCCGAACGGUAGUGGCACACUGGUGAUACGGCCGUCCCACAACCAUCACCAGCAGUCCCACACGUACCACCACAGCAAACCGGGAAGCCAUGCUUCCUCGUCGGGCAGCAACGCAGGAAGUGGCGCCGGCCACGGCAUUAGUAGUUCCAGUAGUAGCGUUAGUAGCGGUGGCGCGUUCGUCACCGGCAGCAACCACUUUAGUCAAAAGCCAACGGCGGGCACUGUAAAUAAACACUCUACCUUAUCGACGCCGGUGCAGCCGGGAGCUGCGGACCAGGAGAUGGCCGCCAGUGUUGCUAGCGGCAUCUACACCACCCACUGGCAGGCGACGACGGAGCCGAGUUUCAUCACGCGGACGAAGCCACCGAAACCGAACAAGCCGUCCAAGAAACCGAUCCUGUCCAUCUCGAACAACAUACAAAGCACCGUACUGAAACCAAAACCAUCGGCUAAGCCGACAAAGCAAAGUACUACCAGCACUAGCACUACCACCACUACCACUACGACAACGACGACGACCACACCGAGGCCCACGACCAGAAGGACGACGACGACGACCAGCACCACCACGACAACCACCACGACAACGACGGCGAAUCCUACCACCGUCGGCAGUGUUAGCAGCUCAACAGGUUCCGCGCCGGCAGCGUCACCAUCUGUGAUUGACUUCGACGACGCUUCGCCGUCCACCUCGUCCUAUACGGCAGCCCCAGGCCGGUACACCAUUUCCGCAGCAAGAAAUGCCGAGUGCGGAAUUCAGACGAUGGGUCGACCGGAGACGCGAAUCGUCGGAGGUAAAAACGCCCCAUUCGGGCGCUGGCCCUGGCAGGUGUCCGUGCGACGGACGUCCUUUUUCGGCUUCUCAAGCACCCACCGGUGCGGUGGAGCUGUCAUAAAUGACAACUGGAUAGCGACGGCGGGCCAUUGUGUGGAUGACCUGCUGACGUCGCAGAUUCGGAUACGGGUUGGUGAGUACGACUUCUCGCACGUGCAGGAACAGUUGCCGUACAUCGAGCGGGGUGUCGCGCGGAAGGUCGUCCAUCCGAAGUAUAACUUCUUCACGUACGAGUUCGAUCUGGCGCUGGUGAAGCUGGAACAGCCGCUGGUCUUCGCUCCCCACAUCAGCCCCAUCUGCCUGCCGGCGACGGACGACCUGCUGAUUGGCGAAAACGCCACCGUCACUGGAUGGGGUCGGUUGAGUGAGGGAGGCACGCUGCCGUCCGUGCUACAAGAGGUGUCCGUUCCGAUCGUGAGCAACGACCGGUGCAAAUCGAUGUUCCUGCGCGCCGGCCGGCACGAAUUUAUACCGGACAUUUUCCUGUGCGCCGGCCACGAGACUGGAGGACAGGACUCCUGCCAGGGAGAUUCCGGUGGCCCAUUGCAGGUGAAAGGCAAGGACGGUCACUACUUCCUGGCUGGUAUCAUUUCAUGGGGAAUCGGCUGUGCCGAGGCGAACCUGCCGGGCGUUUGCACCCGAAUAUCGAAGUUCGUACCGUGGAUCAUGGAAACCGUGCUGUGA